UUAUUAUUUUUCUAUUGCAAAUAGUACGUGAUUAUAGAGACAAUCUUUAUCUAAUUUAGAUAUUAUAAAUUAUAUUGGAUGUGUUUUGUUUAACAAAGUGCCUAAUGGUGGAGAGCGAAAAGUAUCCCUAUAAUGGAAACAAGAUCGCAAUAAUGAAAGAUGUCGCAUUAUGGAUCCAUGUACAACAGGACAAAACGAAAGUGACGAGUUGAUCGUUUUUGUGCUUAGUUUUAAUAAUUAAAGGCUUAGGUUUUGUUAAUUAGUUUAUAAAAUGGCGCAAACUGUGCGACGUGCCAUCGAGGGGAGGUAUCCGUCUUGCUACCUCACCAAUAGAAUAAAGGAAAGAAGAGCCAAAGUCAAAGCGUUAAGGCUAGAACAACAGCGGAAGCCGGACAAACCAGAAGAUUUUGUGUGCUAUUCAGACAGCGACAGCGAAGAAGAGACUCCCACACAGCAGCACAAAAUUUUGUCCACAUCCUACAAUUUUGUAGACUACAUAAGAUCAAGGGAAAUAUUAGCACCAGAGCCGCGGUCGGUGGAGCCCUCGUACGCGACCCGUCAUAUGCUUACCAACGACAUGUUCCGCGAGUCGCCCGUCAACCUCGGCAACAUGAAUAAGGUGUUCUGCUCGCAGUGGCUCUCCGACAGACAGGUCGUCUUUGGGACAAAGUGCAAUAAGCUCAUGGUUUACGACGUCCGCUCCCGCUCGCUCGACGCGAUUCCCACACUGCGUCCGCGCGCGCCGUGGCCCGGCGCAGAGAACCAAACUGGCAUACACGCUCUACAAAUCAACCCCUCUAGAACGUUGCUGGCGACCGGCGGUCGCAACUCGUGUGAGCUCGCCAUAUACAGUCUGCCCACACUCGACCCCGUGUGCGUGGGAGAAGCGCACAGAGACUGGAUCCUGGACAUGUGCUGGCUGGACGACGAGUUCCUGGUGACGGGGUCGCGCGACUCCAAGCUGGCGCUGUGGCGCGCGCCCGCGCCCGCCGCGCAGCCCGCGCCGCACCACGGCUACGUCGCGCCCGUCGCGUUGCGUGACUGCAAAGCGGGUCAGAAGGUCCGCGCGAUCACGUUCAACGAGAAGUGGCGCGAGAUCGCGGCGCUAACGCUAAACGGGUACAUCCACGUGUGGAACGCGGCCACGUUCCGCCAGACGCUGUCGCGCAAGCUGCCCUCCUGCCAGGACCUCGUGUGCCUCGCCACGCAGGAGAGCGGCAUCUACGCGAUCGGCUGCAAGUCGUACACGCUGCUCCUAGACUGCCGCACGCUGCAGUCCGUGAAAAAGAUCACGUCGCGCUACAACAGCUGUGGCAUCCGCUCCGCCAGCUUCCGUGGCGACAUGCUCACCAUCGGCACGGGGCUCGGUUUACUAAUGUUUUACGACUUGCGAGCGGGCAAAUAUUUAGAAAGCAAUAUCCACUCGUCCAAAACCGUCACACUAAAAGCCUCCAGAGGAUAUGUGUUUCCGGACGAAGAAGCGGACGGCUUCAACCAAGUCAAAUACGUACCAGCGAUCUACACACACUGUUACGACGACAGUGGGACUCGGAUAUUUACCGCGGGGGGCCCGCUGUCCGCGCCGCUCAUAGGAAACUACGCGGGGAUAUGGCAAUAGCGGCACCUGUUCCACCGAUGGUACCUACCAUGAAGGUCACCAU